GAGACGAGUCAACAAAACAAGCGUGGGGGCUAGCGGCCACAGCUUUGUUAGCUCUGUAUGAAAAAAAAGCUACAAAAGAUGUUAAAAUGCCAAUUUGCUGGCUUAUCAGCGAGGAGGGAAAUCAUAAACCAAUUCAGCUGCCUCACCUACAGACAGUCGUCCUGGGUCGAGGUCCAGAGACGACUAUUAAAGACAAAAAAUGCUCCCGGCAGCAAGUUGAAUUGAAAGCAGAAUGCAACAAAGGUUAUAUCAAAGUUAAACAGCUGGGCGUGAACCCCACCUCCAUAAACUCUGUGGUGGUGGGUAAAGACAAUGAGGUCAAAAUGAAGCCCGGACAGCAGCUUCAUAUUGUCAAUCAACUCUACCCAUACACUGUACAGUUCAAGGAGGAUCCCAACGGCAACCACAGCGGCACCAAAAGACCACGAGACACGCCUUCAGAGGAUAGAGAGAGUCACAGAGAGGCUCCGAGCUUGAAAGCAGCCAAACAGCCAGAGAGAGAGAAGGCAUCUGAGUCUGUCAGCCAUGGAGAAGCCACAAAAACCAGCGAAAGUUUUGGACAUUGGAGCCAAGGCCUGAAGACGUCAAUGCAAGACCCCAAGAUGCAGGUGUAUAAGGAUGACAAAGUGGUAGUAAUCAAAGAUAAAUACCCCAAGGCUCGCUACCACUGGCUGGUCCUCCCGUGGCAGGCUAUUCCUAGUCUGAAGGCCCUGCGUGAUGAGCACUGUAAUCUGGUGAGACACAUGCAGAAAGUUGCUGACCAGAUGGUUCAGCAGUGCCCACAUGCUGCCACGCUACGCUUCCGCUCAGGUUACCACGCCAUCCCCAGUAUGAGUCAUGUACACCUGCAUGUUAUCAGCCAAGACUUCGACUCACCUUGUUUAAAGAACAAAAAGCACUGGAACUCAUUCACAACUGACUAUUUCAUUGAGUCUCAAGAUGUCAUUGAGAUGCUUGAAACAAAUGGAAGAGUCACCGUCAAAGAAGGAACGAGUGAGUUGCUGAAACUACCUCUCCGCUGCCACAUGUGUCGCAAAGAGCUUCCCACUAUACCGGCGCUGAAGGAACACCUGAAGUCUCACUUUCCCAGCUGAAGACGUGUCUUCAAAUUCAAAACAACGCCACAUGGGUUCAGGACUCUUGAUAUAUUGGUUAUUAUUUUCUGCCAGUUAGUUAUGAUUCAUGGCUAUAUAGAACAUAUAAUGUAUUUCAUUAAAAAUUUAAUUAUGGUAACACAAUGUCCAUCUACAGGUUUACUUGCAUUUUCAGUGUGUUUGUUUGAGAGCAGUGUCACUGUGAAGAUAUACAGUGUAUGUCGAUUAUGUUGGAUGUCAUUUGUUUUAUUCAACAUGUCAGGGCAAGACAGUCCUGAGAUUGCACCUAUUGUUCCUACAUUUUCAAACAUGUUUAAAUAUGUUGUAUGAAAUGUUUUGUAAGAACUAAAUAAUGUUUUUUUUUCUCCACAGUACAAUUUUUGCUCAAUUUCAAUGCAGAUUAAAGAAAAAAUGUCCCAUAUCUCUUUUCAAA